CGCGCGUCGGGAUGGAGCGCGGUGGCGGCUGCGGGGCUGGAAGCGGGACGGAGGGGGCGACGCGGGGAUCCCCACUUCCCGGGAAGAUGGCCGAGUCAGGUGCCGUGCGGACUUCCCCGCCCAACCACCGACCUUCAGGCAUGGAUGGAUUUUUAAGAUCUGAUGAGAGACAAAGACUAGCUAAAGAAAGACGAGAAGAAAGAGAAAAAUGUCUUGCUGCCCGGGAGCAGCAGAUCCUGGAGAAACAGAAAAGAGCGAAGCUCCAGUAUGAAAAGCAAAUUGAAGAGCGAUGGCGGAAACUGGAAGAGCAGCGGCAGCGGGAGGACCAGAAGAGGGCAGCUGUGGAGGAGAAGAGGAAGCAGAAGCUCCGGGAGGAGGAGGAGCGGCUGGAGGCGAUGAUGCGCCGGUCCCUGGAGCGCACGCAGCAACUGGAGCUGAAGAAGAAAUGCUCGUGGGGAGCUUCACUGGCCAACGGGCCUGGAGGUCGUGAUGGUGAAUCAGAAAAUACCCCACCCCCUCCUCUAGGUUUAGCAGCCGGCACCCUCCCUCCGGACCCAGGGACCACUGCCACCGCUGCCGAGUCCUCCAACGCAUGUGACAAACUUUCAACAUCAACCAUGAAUUUGCCAAAGCAGACGGAGCCUCCCAUGAGUAAGCGCCUGUCUUCAUCCACCGUGGCAAUAUCCUAUUCCCCAGACCGAGCUCAUCGUACAAACCUUAGUCCCAUGGAAACCUUUCUUGUUAUGCGACUCUUGACACCUACACAGGCUUCUUUAGCCAGAAGCAGAAGUGCGCUCAUGCUCUCUGAGCAGGCCAGUGACUCAGUAUCCCAUGCCUGUCCUCGUGUAGCUCCUGCUGGCGCUCUUAAAUCUUCUUACAAGUCUUCUCCUACUCGGAGUGCUGAGAGGAAGAAGACUCCAUCUACGUCUGGUGCGGGAGAUUCUGGGAAAGGAGUCCCUGCAGGAGCAGAGGCCUCUCCGACAGAGAAGAUGAAGAGGAGUCCUCGAACAACUUCUGUUCCCAGUGUGGGCCUUGGGUCUCCUUUGAGAAGAUGUGAGAUUCCGGGAGGCAUUUCUAAGAGGUCAUCUUCUCCAGUGACAUCCAGGGCAACAUCUAAAGUGUAUCCACAGUCUCCAAAGAAUAUGAAGCCGCCAUACCCAGGGUCUCCUGUGAAGUACCGCGGUCCCACCUUUCCCAGCCAGGAAACACCCAAGAGGAAAGCAGAGAAAGAGAAGAGCAAUAAGGAAAGGGAAGGUGCCCUGGCUCAGCAGGCAGCUGGCCUGCAUGGAGAGGAAGCCCCAGAGAAGCAUGUGGUAGACAAGCAUGUCACUGAGAAGCAUCUUCUGGACAAGCAUGUCACUGAGAAGCAUUUUCUGGACAAGCAUGACACUGAGAAGCAUGUGGUGGACAAGCAUGUCACUGAGAAGAAUCUUCUGGACAAGCAUGUCACUGAGAAGCCUGUGGCCACAGGAGGGAAGGCCGAGAGCAGUGGAGCCCCAGGAAAACCUACAGCAGGCACCACUGAUGCAGGAGAGGCUGCGAAGAUCCUGGCUGAAAAGAGACGACAGGCCCGGCUGCAGAAGGAGCAGGAGGAGCAGGAACGACUGGAGAAGGAAGAACAGGACAGUUAUGUUCUCAGAAGGCUGGAGAGAGAGGAAUUGAAAAGAAAGGCAGAGGAGGAAAAACUUCGCCUAGAAGAGGAAGCCCGUAAGCAAGAAGAGGAAAAGAAGCGGCAGGAAGAGGAAGAAAAAAGAAAGGCAGAAGAGGAGGCUAAGAGAAAGGCCAAGGAGGAGCUGUUAUUAAAAGAAGAGCAAGAAAAAGAAAAACAAGAAAAGGAAAAGCAAGAAAAAGUCAUGAUUGAAAAGCAGAAGGAAGCAGCAGAAGCAAAGGCCCAGGAGGCAGCUAAACAGAUGCGUCUAGAAAGAGAGCAAAUCAUCCUGCAGAUUGAGCAAGAGCGACUGGAGAGGAAGAAGAGAAUUGAUGAAAUCAUGAAGAGAACAAGAAAGAGUGAUAUGUCUCCAGAAGUGAAGAAAGAAGACCCAAAGGUGGAGCUUCAGUCUGCUGUGUGUGUGGAAAAAAAGACAAAACCAGUUGUCCCAAACAAAAUAGAAAUAAAUGGAUUAAACAACUGCCAGGAAGUUAAUGGUGUGGGGCGUAGUACCCCAGAAACUUUUCCCCGAGACAUUUUCUCUAAUGGGCUUAAACCAGUUGGGGGACUUGUUCAUCUGGACACCCUUGAUGGGAAAUCAAACAGUCUGGAUGAUUCAACUGAAGAGGUUCAGUCUAUGGAUGUGAGUCCUGUUUCAAAGGAAGAGCUUAUUUCUAUCCCAGAAUUUUCACCAGUAAGUGAAAUGAUUCCUGGGGUGUCUCUGGACCAAAAUGGAACUGGUAAUGCCCGAGCUCUUCAAGAUCUCUUAGAUUUCACUGGCCCCCCCAUGUACCCCAAGCGAUCCAGUGAAAAUCUCAGCCUGGAUGACUGUAACAAAAAUCUGAUUGAAGGAUUUAACAGUCCUGGCCAAGAAAAUACUCUGAACACCUUCUGUUGACAAAUACCUCUCUUUAAUGAAAGGUGGUGUUUGGAGAACCCAUGAAGCUGCUGGUAGUCAAAUCCGAGCUGCCGGUCCUCUGAAGAAGCUUCUGUUGUCCUAAAUCCCUGGAUUCCAAAUUAUUAGAUCAAAAUGUAACUGUAUACUCCUAGUUAGUAUGUCAAACUCAAACCCUGGCCACUCUUGGUAGAAACCUUGGAACGCUGGCCUUGUUGGGCUUUAGCAAAAUUUCAUGUUACAGAUCUAUUUAUGAGCUUCAGCUGCUGAUAAAGCGCUUCCUGUACUACUUUAUUAUCAUAGUGAUCCUCUGAAUAACCCAGGUGGUUCUGUGUUGGAAAUUCACCUUAUAACUGUUCUUAUUCCCAAAGCUGGAGUACCUAAACAUGUAGGUGUCUUUUCCUGUAAAUAUUCUAGACGUUAACCCAGACUCUGCUUAAGCAUAUAUACUGAACUUGGGCUGCUUAUCUCCUUGUCUCUGUUUCGAAGAUGAAAUUCCAGAGGGUUUUCUCCCUUCUCUGGGGUGUCUUUGUUGGAAGUUACUAUCAAGAAGCUUUUUUUAUUAUUAAGCUUAGCCACCUGUAAAAUGUGUUGCCCCGCAUUACUCCUUGGGGACCUAAUGGAGUAAGUCUGGUUGAUUAUGGAAACAAGCAGUGCGGGAUGAUUUCUGUUCACUUACGCAUUUUCUUAUAGAUGUGGGCACCUCAGUCUGGCAAGGAUCUUGUCAUUGUUGAACCUUAAAAAAACCUCCCAAGCCAUCAAGCAGCUUUGGGACCGAAGGAAGUUUGAAUGAAUUUUGUGUCUCAUGCACAGGUGGUUGGUUUUCAUGUUGUUGCUAUUGCUUUUCUCCUGGAUCUUCAGGUCCUUGUUUGUUUGCUCCUGUGUUUGCUCAACUCUGUUGAAGCCAGACACAAAUGAAAAGGAUAGUGCUCUGGAAUAAGGGGGCCCUCAACUGGACCCAAUACAUCACUUUAAUAGACUUCAGUAUAAAAACAUCCGAACGGGGGACAAAUGACACUAGAAUGUACACUCCAUGUGUUUCAUGCACAUUUUCAGAACACAUAUAAUAAUGUGUUUUCUUAAUUUUAUUUCUUGUGGUGAAAUGUGACUUUCAGAUUAAAAUGGCCUUCUCUGAAACUUUUUUUGACUUGUACAAUAAAGCGUUUGGAAAAGAUCCGUAAUUUUGACUGAGGUUUGCAACAAGGAGAUAAAAAGAAGUCUCGAUAGUAAUCUUGUUCAUGUGCUUUUAAAACCCACUACAGUUUAAGACUUUAUUAGUUAUGGAAACUGUGUAUGUUUGUGUAUGUGUAUAUAUUAAAUAAAAUACAUGCCUCCAGUAA